AUGAGCAACAAGAUGGCGAAGAGGAAAGCAACAGGUCUAGACACGCCUGAAAGCCUCAACAGCGAUACGGACGCUUCGGACAUCCGUCAAGCAGUCUCUCACUUCUCGCUGGAGACUUACAGCAAGCGCCGUAAGACCGACAACGGGCCGCCGACGUCUGAGCUACGGGAUUUCAGCUCCCUCCCGCUCAAAGAUGAUCAUGUCAACAGGCCGCUGUGGAUAGAGCCGGAGAAAGGUCGCAUCAUCGUUGAGAGCUUUUCCCCGUCCUUCAAGGGGGCCGAAGACCUCCUCAUCGGAAUUGCAGAACCACAGUCUCGUGUGUCUGCAAUACACGAAUACAAGCUGACGACACACUCCCUCUUCGCCGCUGUGUCCAUCGGCUGGACGACGAACGACAUCCUUCAUCGGCUCAAGUUUUACUGCAAAACUGCCGUACCCCAGGCGAUCCAAGACUUCAUCAUUGUUUCCACCAGUUCCUUCGGCAAAGUCCGCCUCGUUCUCAAGCACACCAAGUACUACAUUGAGAGCUCGGAUGAGCAGGUCCUACAAAAACUGCUUCGAGAUGAGGUCAUUGGGGCGUGUCGCAUCGACUCUACCGAAGAGCUUACGAAGGAAGCGGCACCGAAGAUGGGCGCCCUCGCUAUUCCUGGUACGAAGGCAGCUGCUGGGGCAAGGCAAGCUGAAGCAGCAGUUCAGGAGCGACCCGCCGAUGAUGAAGAUGAUGACAUCGUACGGCAAGAACAGCAGAUGCUGAAUGCACUUCGUGACGAUGACGAGGAAGAGGAAGUGGACCAGGUCCAUUCCUUUCAGAUCGCUCCCGAAAACGCCCAGAAAGUAUCCAGGCGCUGUCGCGAGAUCAAUCUCCCGCUGACCGAGGAAUACGAUUUUCGCAAUGACGAGGCCAACGCAAACCUGGAUAUCGACCUAAGACCGAGCGUUCAAAUCCGACCUUACCAAGAGCAGGCGCUCAGUAAGAUGUUCGGCAAUGGCCGCGCCCGAAGUGGCAUCAUCGUCUUGCCCUGCGGCGCAGGGAAGACACUUGUUGGCAUCACUGCCGCAUGUACGGUCAAAAAAGGCACAAUCGUGCUCUGCACCAGUGUCAUGUCCGUUGUGCAGUGGCGCGCAGAGUUCUUGAAGUGGUCGAACAUCGAUCCCUCUGACAUUCUUGUUUUUACCGCCGACAACAAACAGCAAAGUCACUUCAACAAGAACACUGGAGUGGUCAUUGCUACGUAUAACAUGAUCACUCAGUCUCGGUCUCAUGACGCGAUGAAGAUUCUGGACUUCAUUACGAAACGAGAGUGGGGUCUCAUGCUCCUUGACGAGGUGCACGUUGUGCCAGCGGAGAUGUUCAAAAAGGUGACUUACUCCGUUGCAAGUCACUGCAAGCUCGGACUUACGGCGACUUUGCUGCGAGAGGACAACAAGAUUGAAGACCUCAACUUCCUCAUCGGCCCGAAACUUUACGAGGCGAACUGGCAGGAGCUCUCCCAGCAAGGCCACAUUGCGCGCGUCCAGUGCGCCGAAGUGUGGUGCCCCAUGACCCCAGAGUUCUACACUGAAUACCUUCGGGCAAACACUGUCAACAAGCGCGGUCUUCUCUUCACUAUGAACCCUCGCAAGUUUCAAGCCUGCCAAUUCCUGAUCAACUUCCACGAACAGCGCGGCGACAAGGUCAUCGUGUUCUCCGACAACGUCUACGCGCUCAAAGCCUAUGCUCUCAAGAUGAAGCGUCCUUUUAUCUACGGCGGCACGCCUCAGAACGAACGGCAGCAAGUGCUCGACAACUUCCAGUUCAACCCGGCCACCAACACCGUCUUCCUCUCGAAGAUCGGCGAUACCUCUCUCGAUCUGCCCGAAGCGACGUGCCUGAUCCAAAUCUCCUCGCACUUCGGUUCCCGCCGCCAAGAAGCGCAGCGACUAGGCCGCAUCCUCCGAGCCAAGCGCCGCAACGACGAAGGCUUCAAUGCCUUCUUCUACUCCCUGGUGAGCAAGGACACGAACGAGAUGUACUACGCCACCAAGCGCCAGGCUUUCCUCGUGGACCAGGGCUACGCUUUCAAAGUCAUCACGCACCUCCAGGGCAUCGAGAAGAUGCCAGAACUCGCGUACACAACGCCCGAGGAAAGACGCGAGCUGCUGCAGGACGUUCUGCUGCAGAACGAGACCGCGGGCGAGGCGGAGGUCAUCUCGGAGGAUCUCUUCAGCGAAUACGGGGUGAGGAAAACGAAGAAGGGCGCUAGAAGGACGGCGGGUACUCUGAGCGAGCUGAGUGGUGGGCAGGACAUGGCGUACAUUGAGUACAACAAGAGUAGCAACAAGGGGUUGAAGAAGAAGAAAGGGUAUCAGAAUUCGUUCAUGAAAGGCUUGCAUCGCAAGGCUGACCGGGUCGCUGCGGCGAAGAGGGGGGAGUGA